AUGUUGGUUUCCCCGGGAAACUCGUCCAAAAGGAGCGUCGUGGGUUCGGAUCGGCGAAAUAACGUCGGCGGUCGGCAGCAGUGGAUGGUCACCGUGGAGGAUAGCAUGAGGCACGGAAAUGCCGUAACUACGCAGACCACUCUCCCGAAGACCCGACACCAGCGACCGUACGGCUGGGAGAACGGGCCCGUGGAGUCGCUCCGGCUGGCCCAACCGCCCAGUCCACCCAGCAAGUUCGGCAGUCUGCCGUACGACGGCAAGGUUUCGUUCAAUUGGAUACCGCCCCGAACAAAUCCGAGCGCGGUGGAGAAGCACCGGGAGGUGCGUCGUCGUUCGUCGGACGAGUGUCUGGAGAACGACGACGCUCGUCAGCGUGUGCGCGUAAGCAGCAGUUCGGAUCGCGGAACUUCACAUCCGAGGAAGCAGCCGCGACAGCAGAACGAGAUCAUGAAGUCGAGCAGCGUGGAGGAUCGACUGCUGAUGAACAGGACGGAGAAGGAGCUGCUGUUGCUGCAAUCGUCGUCGUCGUCGUCGGCGGUUGCGGCGCGACGACGCAACGACUCGGAUUCGAGCGAGGGCCGUUUCUCCAGAAACUCCGAGUCCGAGGCGAGCCGGCGCUCGUCCAUGCCGCGUUCAAGCUCGGUUAGCGUCGAGCGUUUUUCGAUGCGCGCCAAUUGCGACUCGUCGGACUUCUCGCGCGCCAACAGCACGUCGAACGAGCGCUUUCACUCGGACUUCUCGAUCGCGGUCGCGAGCGCGAGCGGAUCCAACGACCACGUGUCCUCCGUGCCGACCUCCGACCCGUUCUCCAUACGCAACCUCGACUUCGUCUCGUUCUCGUUGCCGCGCGCGGACUCGAGCGAGCGCUUCUCCGCGCCCACGUCCGACCGCUGCUCCGACGAGCGCUACUCCGACCUCUUCUCCACGCGCAAUUCCGAUUUCUCAACACGCAACUCGGCCGACUUCAGGACGCAGUCCGAGGAGGAGCGUUUCUCCGACGAUUCUCUGGAGGAACUGUUGCCGCCACCGCCGCCCAUCAGCAAGAGACACUCGAUCGCGUGGGAGGUUUCUUUAGAGGACGAUCCUCUGUACGCGCCCGGUAGCACAAAAGUCGUCGGAAGGAGACGACGAAAGAGCAGCGAUGUCUCGAGCGUGGGUUCGGCGUCGAAGCUCCGCGACUUCGACGACUGGCAAGACCAGCGACUGUCAACGACCGACGACGAUCUGAUCUCGCCCUACUCGGACUCUUCCACGAACGAGCUCGAUCAGAUACGCCCACAGGAGCUAACGAAGAACGGCACCUACGUUAUACGACGCGGUCGCAAAAAGGAACGCAAGAUUCUGCCGAAAACGCCGACGAAGACCAAGAGCUUGUCCUUCGAGAACGGCGAGGACGGCCGAUUGUCGGACGUGAAACGUUACUCGAGCACAUUCGACAACAUCAAGAGUUUGCUGAAGGAGGGCAAGCUCGAAGGUUUGGACGAGCCGCCGGCGGAAUUCACCGCGCCAGUACCGCCCCCGGAUCUUAUCAGGGUCGUGUCGAUGCCGGCGAUCGACACCCACGGCAGCCGUGGCCAGUUGGAGAUCACCGUGGAGGAGGAAGAGACGUCGGACGUUUCCGACAAGGACAAGGAGCGCGACAACAUCGAGCUACCUCAACUACCACCGUCGCCUGUGGACGACGAUGAUCAAACGGAAUCUCGUCCGGACCGAUCGAGAGACUGUAAUGGCGUUCCGUCAGCCCCGACCCUGGCUGAUCUGGACAACGUCAAGUCGGCGAACGUUGUAUCAUCCGAAUCGUCGAAGAAGAAGCUCCCGCAAGCGGCGAGCGACGAGCGACUGGUCUCCAAGAUCCCGGUGAACUUGCUGAUCGAGGACCAGAUCGUGAAGAAGGCGCUCAAGGAGAACCGCCGUCAGUUGGAGAAGGUGAGCGACGCGAUCAAGGAGAUCGAGAACGUGAAGAACAGCGAGUCGUAUUGCGAGAGCAAGCGCUGGCGCAACGGCGACGUGAAGCAGAGCUCGAAGCGCAACAGCUUCGAGUACGAGGGAGUUCCGCCGACGGUUCACGACGGACGAAAACCCGCGAUCGUCGACGCGGGCAGCCCGUUCGACAGCAGAACGAGCCGAAGCGGCCGACACCAAUACAGUUCCGACUCCGAGACGUCGAAGGCCAGCUCGGACGCGGACUUCGCGGACCGUAGGAAACCGAACGGCGCGGCCGACGUCGUCUACUCGUCCGGCAGACGAUUGCGUCAAAACGGGAUCGAGAAUCACAAGAACGAUCAGAAGCAAAUCGAGAACGUGAUCGACGCCAUUCUGGAGGACUCGAAGAAUCCGGAGUUCCAGGUGAGCGUCGACGUGAUGGAAUUCCCGCCUUUGCCGCCCUCGCCCGUCGAGGAGGCCGACGAGGAGAGCUGCUCGGACGUCGGGGUCCAGAACGCCGUGAUCACGCCGCCCAAGUCGCGGAGUCACAACCGCACGGUGGAGUACAGGCCGAGAGUGCCGCCCCAUCGCGUCCCGCCGGUCAUCGACCCGAAGGAGCAGGCUUCCUUGAACACCAGGUCCAUGGACGCUGGCUACGCCAGAGGCAGACGCACACCGACCGCCAAUAAUUCCAGGCGAGAGGUACCCGUGGAGCGGAGAACUCUGCCCACCGACUUGCCGGGGCCGUCGCGACGACGACCGUUCACGAAGAGGCACUCGCCGUCGGCGGAGCCGUGCUCUUCCGGCGGCAGCAGCGGCGGUGGUGGUGGCGGUGGCACAGGCGGCGGCGGAGGCACAGGCGGCAGCGUCGCCACCGGCACCGGUUCCGGGAUGCAAACGUCGUGCUCCCUGCCGGAGACCCCCGUGUUCGCCAGAGGUAGCGAUAUUCCCAGAACGCCGCAGCACGCCGGCAACCCGACGCAGUCGAGGCGACAGCCCGGCUGGUACGCACCCACUACAGCCACCGGCUAUCGAAGAAACAAUCCCGGUCUGGAGCAAGCUAUAAUCGGCACGGAGCUACUCCGGUUGGCGGGCGGUCCGAAUCGCGGUUGGUACCCGACCAGGAAGGCGAAUCAGCCGCGACCGGCGUCGAUCGAGCAUCUCGAGCGGCUCAACAACGCUUACGACGCGCGACUACCGAGCACCGGGGACCAGAGGAAGCCGCUCACCCUGCCCACGAACAUCACGCCCAACAAAUACUUCGGCCAAAGUAAGCACAGCUCCGCCUCCAGCACUCGCGAGGCGCUACGGAGGGUCACUAGCUUGCUCAUCAAGAAAGGAAGCGGGAGCAAGGACGGGAAGAACAAGGACAACAACUCGCCUUCCGGUCCUUACGCCGGCGCGGAAAGCGGCGACGCGCCCAAGAAGAAGGGUUUCUUCAAGGGCUUCUGGAAGAGGUCGCGCCACUACUCCUUGGAGAACCAAUAGCCCAGGUGCGCGAGGGCGACGAGCCAUCACCAGCGUAACAACAACAGACAGACGCGGCAGCAGCGACAACGGAGCAUCGCCACCACGACCCUCGCGAACAACCCCUGCUGCUGCAUCGUCCAGUAACCCCGAUUUGCACCGUGUAUCGACCGCGCGACCAACAACUCCACCACCUUCUCUUCUUCCGCCACCGCAUCGCUCCGCGCUCCGUCUUUUUACUCUCCUUUCGCUGGCGCACAUCCGACAUCCCUUCGCACGCGGCGCGAUUUUGCGGGUCUGUUCGUGUGUCCCGUCGCGUGCGAAAUCCUCUCUCUCCACCCACGUUUCGUCCACCACCCACUCUCCUCCUUUCUCCUUUCUCGAGUGCGUCAGUCGCGGAUGCGGCGCGGAAUUUGCGCGUCUCCACCACCAAUUUCACGGGCGGCCGCCGCACGUUUGUGUUUUUGGCGAAAAAACUUUGCGUUUUUGGAGCAACGCAAACUCUUCACGUUAAUUUAUUAUUUAAAAAGAAAAACAAACUAACAACGUAGUGAUGAUGAUGAGAUUCAAUUUCAAUUUGAUUUGACUCAACACAGUAUCUCCUUUUCCUCUCCGAUGAAUUUUCUGAAAAAAAAAUUUAUUGUACUGUAUGUAGAUCGCAACACAAUAGUAUGAGGUUUUCUCUUUUCCCCCAAAAAAAAACUUCUUUUGUAAUCGCAAUUUUGGCAGCAUUAAAAAAGUGACAGACCUUCCCCGACCUGUUUCUCUUUCAGAAGACCGGUCGACAUGAGUUCUCAUGUCCCUCGUAAAAAAAAACAAAGAAAAAAAAAGAAAAAAAACGGUGAGUCUGUGCGUGUCAUUGGAUAUUCCCCCUUCCCGUUUUUUUUUUUUUUGUUUUUGUUUUGUGUAACUUUCGCAAAACUCGGGUUGUCGCAUCGCACGACAAAAAUUGACCUAAUUUUUGAUGGAGAGAAAACAGUUUUUCGAACAACUGUUUUUGUGUUUUCGAAAAAAACGUUUUUCAGAUAAACAAUUUCCAGACCCCUUUAACGAAGAGAGAAACAUUAUAUCAUUUCAUCAGCAUCGUUCCGGAGUCAGUCUCGAAAAUUUGCCCGAAGAAACGCGCUGCUUUCGCGGCGGAUAAAAUAACAUAAAGGUAACGGUCGCGUGUGUUAUUUGUCGCAUCGGAAACUCGGGGAGUGCGCACAGAAUCGCGCGAAAACGCUUUUUCAACGCUGUUUUCGUCACGCUGUUUGUCACGCUGCGCGUUGGGUUUUCUCGCCACGCAUUUUAUCGCGCGCGUCUAAAAACGAAGACCCGCAAGCACCGUAAAUACGCCGCUUUGUGAACGCUUUGUCGUUGAGCGAUCUCUGAUUUUUUUACGUGUGUGAGAUGUUUGUAUACGACGAGAGUCAAAGAUUCCAUUUUUUUUUUUCUUUUUUUUUUUAAAUAAUCACGUCGGUGCGAGUUCGUUUCGCGAGAACGUUUCCGAACCCUCCGUUUUGUAAAACCGAGAGAAACGCGCGCGUUCGUAGAGAGAAGCCGAUAGAUUAAAUUGACGAACGAUCCAACACACAAACACACACACAUACACACACACAGAGAAUAUUCGGGUAUAUAUUUCGAAAUAUACUCGUUAUUAUUGUAUUAUUAUAUGUGUGAUAUCGCAGAGAAAGAUUCUAGAGAAAAGUAGAUGCGAGAGUGCGUGUGCGCGUGAGAGAAAAAAAAGAGAAAAACAGAAUAUCAUACCGCGUAUUAUUACCGAUACGAAUUGUAAGUUUAUUAGGGGUCAUUAACUUGUUGUAACGUUAUUAUUAUUAUUAUUAUUAAUGGGACGUUUAUACACACACACACACGCAUAGGUUACACGUUACGGACAUAAACACGUACACAGGAU